AUGGAAGAACCAACACCUUAUGGAGGUGUUUUAGUGCAAAGCAUCGUUGAAGAGAAAGAACGAGAACAAAAAUUAAUAGACCAAGCAGUUGAAGUCAACAUCAAUGGACAAGUCGAGACUUUAAGACCAGAACUGAUCUUUUUGAAAGGAGUUGAUUCUUUAUCUACUGAUAAUAUCAAAGGUUUUGUUGAUUACUAUGUGAACUACGAAUAUGUCAAAGUUCCAAAAGACACUAAACCAGCUGAAGCAGAAACCAAAGAAGGUGAAACUGCUGAAGGUGAAGCUCAAGAUACAGAAAUGAGUGUUGAUGAUAUCGAAUACGUUGAAAAACUUCAAGAAAAACCAUUCGAUGAAGUGUUGAAGUUCAGAGUCCAAUGGAUCAAUGAUACUUCAGUUAACGUUGUUUUUGAAACACACGAAGCUGCCAUUCAAGCUUUAAAAAGCUUAUCGAUAUCAGGAAACCCCAACAACAACCAAGAAGAAGAAUUGAAUGAAUUAGUUCAAGAAAGAGAAACUAAACCUUACAAUCCAACGAUUGAAUUCCAAAAGAAAUCAUCUUUAGCCAACAGAUUGGGUUUGGAGGAGAAGAAAGAUGAAGGUAUGGAAGAAGACGAAACUUCUUUACAUAUAGUUACCAGAUUGUCAUUACAAUCGGAUAGAAAGAUUAAGAAUGCUUCUGCCUAUUCAAGAUACUAUUUAAUUCAUGGAGAACCUGAAAGAAGACCAAGGUAUAAUGGACGUGGCCGUGGUCGUGGUAGAGGUGGUAGAGGUGGAAGAGGUGGUAGAAGAAAUGAACGUGAUUACGAUUUAUUCGCUGAUAAACUUAGAGGUGAAGAACCUGAAGAUUUAUUUGCUGAAAAGUUGAGAAAUAGAGAUAGAUCUCCUGAUAGAGAUAGAUCACCAAUGAGAGAUUAA